AUGGGAAUGGAAGAAAAUGAUCUCAAACCGAUCUCAUUGGUGACAACAUCACCUUCAUCAGCUGUCAGAAAAGACUUUUCCGAAUCGAUGGAACUGAAUGUCGCACAGGUAUGGCCAUGUCGAUUAUGCGGUGUAAUACUUGGUAUAUGUCAUUUACCGCUCGGCAUUGUAUUACUUAUAUUCGAUGUUGUUACCAAUAAUAUCUCGGAAACAGCGUUUGCUAUAACAGCAUCACUGUCAUUUAUUAUUUGUGGAAUUUUCUCAUUUAUUUCGGCAAGGAGAUUAGAUCGACCAGCGCAACUGUUAUUGCUAUUUUUUUCAAUAUUUUCCAUGGCAAUGAGCAUAACAAUGUUUAUUGAUAGCGCUGCUUUAAUCAAUUAUAAUUGUGAUCGAGGGAAGUGUUAUGAAGUACUAAGUAACAUUCACGUUGUUCUGCUCUGCUUCGGUCUAGUCGAAUUUACGAUAAGCUUUACAACGAUGAUUGUUUGUUUUCGAUCAUUGAGACUGGCUUAUCGAGUACGAAAAGCAAGCUCGCCGUACAGUACAUUGAUCGAAGGACACUAUGAUGCUUUUUAUAUUAAGCCAAGUAUAAUGUUUAUUACUUCUUCAUUGCCAAAGAAUAUGGACUCAGAAUGCGAUGUUUAG